AUGGCCAAGAAAAGGUUUUUGGCUGUGGAACGACGAUUGGACAGAGAUUUAUCUCUCAAGACGCAGUACAUUGCCUUUAUGAGAGAGUACGAACAGAUGAACCAUAUGGCAGAAGUUACACCUUCGGUUGACGAAAUGCCUUCAGAUGCAUUUUACCUCCCACACCACUGUGUGCUAAAGCCAAUGAGCACUACCGCAAAGUUACGGGUAGUUUUUGACGGCUCAGCUGAAUCAUCUAGUGAUGUUUCAAUUAAUCAAGCGCAAAUUGUUGGUCCUACCAUACAGAAUGAUUUAAUAUCUAUCCUCCUGAAAUUUCGUUCGUUUCGAUAUGCGUUGAGUGCUGAUAUACCAAAAAUGUAUCGACAGCUUGCUUAUGACAAGGAACAACUAUAUCCGCUGGCGGCAAAGGCAGUAAAAAAUCCUUUCUACAUCGACGAUAUGCUUUCAGGGGCUGAUUCGGAAGAAGAAGCAAUCGAACUAUUGCAGCAGGUUAGGGAUAUGCUGCAUAGUGGUGGAUACGAUGUUCAUAAGGUGUGCUCGAAUUCUUCUGCUGUACUGCAGGAACCUGAGGACAAACGAGAAAGGAUUAAUAAAAUCGACGAUCCAGAAAUCAAUAUGUUAAUGAAGACGUUGGGAAUCGUAUGGGAUCCAACGACCGACAAUUUUACGAUUUCUUUGCCCAAGAUGCAGGUGUCGCAGCCAUCGCAGUUAACUAAAAGAAUUUUGCUUAGCGAAAUUUCGAGGAUUUUUGAUCCACUCGGCUUUUUAGGUCCAGUUUUGACGACGGCGAAACUAGUUAUGCGGGAAGUUUGGAUGCUUCACUUAAAAUGGGAUGAAGUGCUUCGCACUUGCGAGCUUCUGGUUAGAGUUUCGUGA